UCCUCUAUAGCAGUUUCCAUGGUUCAUUCAGUGAUUCAGAUUUGCUCAUAAUCGUAUACCACACACAUUUUAUCCAACUAUUAGCAUAAACAUGUUUUUCUUUCAGUGUUGCAAGUCUUUUUUAACCAUUAAACUUUCCACAUCAAAUUCACUAACCAAAUAGAACAAGUCGCCUUCAAUCUUUCAGAUGGAUUAUCCUCCAUUAAUAGAAUGAAGAUGAAAACCCUACUGAGAUAUAGCGUCUCACAAGUGUUGGAAUAGAAUUUGCCAAAACUUCCAUAGGACUCCAUUGUGUCUGGCCAUCGAUCAUGGACGAAUUGAUAAACUAUGCAGAGUGAAUUUUCUUUUUAUAAGGUUUCCGAUGGCUGGGAAGAUUAACCUAAGGGAAUUAUCAUCAUCAUCAUCACCACCGAAAGCUGGGAGGGUUAAAGAGUACUACCGUUAUCCGGCGGCCUUGGAAGCUUUUAACAAAGGACGUGUCCGACGUUAUUUUGCGGACGUGUUGUAUGAGAUGGUGAAUGAUCCUUCAACGGAUUCGAUCGUGUCGUGGAGCCAAGACGGUAAGAGUUUCAUCUUCUGGGAUCAGGACAAGUUUUGCAAUGAUGUUCUUCCCAAGUAUGGGCUUAGCACGUCUCCAACGUUCAUUGGUCGCCUUCACAAGAUCUAUAGUUUCCGUAAAGUUGAGGAGUCUGAGCACUGCGAAUACGCGAACGAUUACUUUGUGAGAGGCAAACCUGAGCUUACGGUGGAGAUUGAGAAGCAGUUCAAGGAACGGUGUGCUCCGGUUAAGCUUGACAUCAAACCACCAGAACCGGGUUACAAGGAGAAAAUGGAGAGGAUGAGGGCUCUCAUGCUGGCCCAGAAAGCCGCCAGGAGACUCUCUUAAGUCUUAAGGAAUAGACCAAACACCAAUCUCUUAUGUCUUUAUCUUAUUAUUAAUAAAAAAAAUACUCUGAUGCUUGCUUGUUUGUGUCUUCCUGUUUUAAACAUCUAUCUUUAUGUUUUUUCGUGUUUUUCUUUUCUAGAAUGUGCAGAUUCGGCCUCCCAAUCUUGUGAUCAUUACUCUGUUGAUUAUAAUCUGAUAUUUUGUUUAUCUUUA